AUGGCCCCGGCAACACCGUCCGUGGCUGAGAGCGGAGAGCAGAAGCUCCCACCCGAAGUCUUGAGUGACUGGUCUGGAACUGGAAGAGGUUCACAUAUCGAGUUUGACUACAAUGAAACUGUACCACUAGAGCCAGCAGGCGAAUACCUCGGAGGAGGUGCUACGGGAGAUGUGUACGAGACGAAGAUCUGCGGCUGUUCAGUGGCGUGGAAAAGAGUGCAUUCCAAACGCAAGAUCACAUCGGAGGACAAGAAAGGGAUUGAGAUCCUGAAGAAGCUCAGUCAUAUCCACUUGAUACAACUUGGAUGUCUGGUCUCCGCGAUAGCCUACCUGCAUGCUCAAAAGAUACGCCACCAAGACCUCAAGCCGUCGAACAUCCUUUUGUCACGUGAAAAGCUCUAUUUGAGCGACUUUGGCAGCGCGAAAGACUUUUCGCGUGCGUCGCGGACCGCCACGAAUAGCGACCAUGGCACUCCUCACUACUUUGCACCAGAGGUUGCGGCACGGGAGCCGAGCGGCCGCGCCGCUGACAUGUUUUCCUUGGGUUGCAUCAUGCUCGAGAUCUUAGUCUUGCAGCAUGAGGGCAGUCUUGAGCGGUUGAGAGUCAACGCUUCGCCGAAGGACUCUGCGUUUCACGCCAAUCUGGAGAACAUAGAUGCCUGGCUUUCGUUCCGUGGCAUAGACGACAUGUCAGUGCUUGACAAGCAUCUAGUCAAGGUAAUCAGAUCGUUACUUUCCAAGGCGCCAGAGGUGCGUCCCUCGGCAGAUCGACUGCUUUCCGGUAUCAGACUCUGCAGUAUGGUGGAGAAUCCGUCGAUCUCCGUCUUAGGUGUUUGUUGUCGGGAAUCCCACGAUCCAACAACCUCCUUCUCGAAGGCGCCCCGUGAAGAAGCUGCGCAGUCACUCAGCGAGGAUCUGGGGAAAACUAUAGAGAAGCCGAGGUCAACGGCCGCACUACCAAUUCGAAUCGGAGCGUCAGAGAAGGCAAAGGUGAAUCAUAAUUACCUAGGUACGCAGUGGGAACAAUGUGCUGACGUUCGAGAGCAACCGCUUGAGCAGAAGAAGGUCAGCCUCGAAGCUGGGAAAUCCGAGGUAGGUCCGAGCCUGAGAGUAGUGAAAAGGUGA